UUUGUGCUCCGAACCAAGAGAACCAACCAGCAAACCAAACUUAAGAUGCGCGCCUUCAUCGUCAUGUGCCUGGUGGCAGUCGCCUGCGCCGAUAAGCUCGGCUACAACUACCAGCCCGUGGGCCACUCCAGCUCCGGACUGUCCUUUGCUCCAGGAAGUGGCAGCAUUGGAGGAGGAUCUAUUGGAGGAGGAUCCCUUGGAGGCGGUUCCCUUGGAGGUGGAUCCAUUGGAGGAGGUUCCAUUGGAGGAGGAUCCCUAGGAGGAGGCUUGAUUGGAGGCGGUUCCAUCGGUGGUGGCUCCCUCGGAGGUGGCCUCGACUCCGGUCUUGGUGGCUUGAGCGGUCUUGGUGGCCUGGGCGGUGGUGACGCCCUGAGCGCCCCUGUCUCCUACAACGCCCCCGCUCCCUCUGGCGAACUCGAGAAGGAGUUCUUCUCCUACACCGCCAACGAGCAGGACUUCGAUGAGCCCCAGGAACUGGAACGCGUUGCCAACUCCGUGAACAAGGGACUCCGUGUGGUCUUCAUCAAGGGACCCGAGAACCGUGGCCUGGAGAACGCCGCCCUGGCUCUGGCCAAGCAAGCUGCCCAGCAGGAGACCGCCAUCUACGUCCUGAACAAGCAGGCCGACAUCGGUGAUCUUGCCCAGAAGCUGAACGCCAUCAAGAGCAACUCCAACAACAAGCCCGAGGUGCACUUCGUCAAGUACAGGACUCCCGAGGAUGCUGCCAACGCCCAGCAUGCCAUCCAGUCGCAGUACGACCAGCUGGGAGGAUCCUCUCAGGCCCACAACGGUGGAGUGGCCUCCGCCCUGAACUUCGCCUCCGCUGGUCCCGUCCAGAAGGCUCAGGCCCAGAUCCCUGAGAACUCCUACCUGCCCACUUCGGUCUUCCGUCGUCGUUUGUAAACACUUCCUAACGACUUCGUGAUGAAGCCGUAGCCUUCCUUGUUAAAACUUAUUGUUGAAAUCUAUUGAUAAAUAAUAUAAAAAUUGAAAACCAA